AUGCCUCCACGCGCCGGACGCGGCGGUCGCGUCGCGCCCCGCAUAGGCGGCAAGGCCGACGCGGGCGGCGCGCGGGCCCGCAAGGGGGGCGCCCGUGCCCCAGUCGUGGACACAUCGUACGAGCACGCAGUGGCAGCCGCGGCGGACCGCGCCACGGAGAUCCUGCUGCGGGAGCGCGCUCGGCGGGGCAUAUCCGCCGCGCCCGCGCCGCCGCAGCCCGCGCCGCGCCCCGCGCCGCAGCAGCGCCGCCAGGCGCGCCAUGCGCCUAGCCCGCCCCCCGCGCGCACCGACACGCCGCUGGAGGCCAUGUACGCGGCGAACAUCGGCCCGACGCCCGAGGAGUCCCCCGUGGAGACGCCGCGCGGCGGGGGCGCCCGCGGCGGCCCGUCGGACCAGGACGCCGUGUCGCCGCAUUUCUCCCACUACCCGGGGGAGUCCCGGGGGCCCGCGCGCGGGCCGCGGCAGCCCGCGAACCUCGACAUCUCGCCGUGGCUGCAGACGGGCGGCGGCUCGCCGGACGGGUCGGACCACGGCGAGCACCAGGCACAGCUGCAGGCGACGUUGACGCCCGUGGCGGUGCCGAUCCGCGGCCGCGACGCCCCGGUGGCGCGCCCGCCGCCCGCGGCGCUGACCUUCGAGGACGACGGCGACGGCCGCGAGUCUGCGCAGCCGCCAAACCUGACGUUUGCGCCCGGGCGGCGCGGGGCGCGGGAAGGCCCGGGGGCGCCCCCCGCGCAGCAGCCGGCGCCGGGGCAGGGCGGCUUCAUGUCGGCCAUGAGGGAGCUGCGUGCCGGCCCCAGCGAGGACCAAGUGCAGAAGGAAGCGGCGCGGCGGCGGACGUACGCGGAGGAGCUGGAGGAUCAGAUUCGCGAGAAACGGGCCCGCGACGCGCGCGAGAAGGCCGAGCGCGAGGCCGCGGAGGUGCGCCACGAGCAGGAGUUCCUCGCGCACCAGGCCGAGCUGCUCCGGCGCAAGCAGAUGGGAGGCGGGGGGGAGCCGAUGCGCGACGCGACGGGAAACGUACACACGCGGCUGCGGGGCGCCGCGGCGCAGGUGCACAUGUCGGGCAGCUUCGGCGUGGCGCUCCCGGGCGUGCCGUCCCCCGCGGCCGCCUCCGGCGACGUCACGCCGCACCGCCGCGGCAGAGUCCCCCCCCCCGACCGGCUGUCAGUCCCCGACUCCCCCUCGCGCGCCAUCGUGCCGGACACGCUCGGGCUGGACGGCACGGUCGCGACGGAGUCGCCCGGGCGCGGCCGGAAGCCGCAGUACCCGCAGCACCAGACGCGGUGGCGCGGCGUGGCAGGGUAUGAGAAGGGAGCGGGGGUGCACGGGCUCAAGCCUGGGAUGUCGGAGCAGCAGGAGACGCACGCGGCGCAGCAGCGGGAGCGGUUGGUGCGGGACCUGGACGAGCAGAUCACGGCGAUACGGGGCGCGGGGCACCGGCGCGGCGCCAGCAAGGGGGGGGACUCCAACGCAAGCGACGUGCGCGGUUCGGUGGACAGCCUGGCGAGGGGGCGCGGGCCGGGACAAACGGGCACCCGCCGCUCGAAGGAGGAGAUGGCCGGCAUGCUGCGCGAGCUGAAGCAGGCGCAGGAGGCCCUGCGGGGGGAGUUUUCCGAGCAGCUGUCAAAGAUCGCCACCGAGGCGCGCGAGGCCGCGACCGAGCGCGACCAGGCGCGCGCGGAGCUACAGCGCGUGCGCGAGCGCCUGGCCGAGCGCGACUCCCUGGACCGGCUGCUCGUGGCGGAGACGACAUACGUGCCCAAGGCUCUGUCGCACAUCCCCCUGGACCAGCCGCUGCCGCGGUACGAGGCGCCGGGCGGCACGAUGCUGCAGAGCAUGGAGGCGGAGUCGGGCGUGGUGUGGCGGAACUCGCCGCGCGACUCGACGACGCUCGGACGCGGCGUAGGGAUGGCGGACGGAGAGCCGCCCGACACACCGCAGCUGGGCUGGCACGGGAGCCGCGCGGAGGCCGCUCCGCGGCGGCAGCGCCGCGAGUGGGAGACGGGCGGCGGCCCGAGCCCCCCGCGCCCGCAGAGCAAAGCCAUCAUGGGCGGCGGGCAGUGGGAGGAGCACGUCUCGCCCACCGGGCGCGGCGCACCCGCCGGGGCUCGCCGGCGGCCCACGCGGCCCGCGGCCGUGAAGCGCGCCGCGCCGGGGCGCCCUGGCGAGCUGAUUCCGCGCACUUUGCAACACCCGAUGGACGAAGGCGAAGAGGACGCCAUGCUGGCGAUGUACGAGGAGAUGCACGGGCCGGGGGGGCGGCCGCCGGAGCCGCGGAUGGCUGCGGCGGCGCCGGGCCCGGGGCGGAGGAUGACGGCGCUGGCGAAGCAGCGGGGCGCGGAGGCACGCGCGCGCCGCAAGGCGGCCGAGCAGGCGCAGGCGGCGAAGCGCAAGUGGAACGUAUGA